AUGAUUAUUGCUUUUUUGCUUUGCAAUAUAAAUGAGCCUGAUGUGAUAAGAAAACGCAACGUUUGUAAAAACGAAGAGACUAAAUCCACUGGCAGUGAGGCCGUGGUGGAUUUAUUUAAAGGGAAAGGGGUACCAACCUCUAGAAACGGGAAAAAUAAGUGUGAGUUGACUGAUCCACCAAUAGUUUUGAGUAGUAAGGAAGAUAGGGAAGAUACAGGGUAUCUUAACGAAAAUCCUGAAACUCACCAGAUUGAUAAUAGACUGAAACAGUUUACGAACUACACUGAGAUAGAAAAUAGUAAUGAAUUUCGCCAGUUUGCUACAGGAGGAAAUGCGCAAUUCUCCAAUUGUGGUCAUUUAUCUAAAGGACCACAUGUAGUAAAAUUGCGUGAAAACUUGGAAAUACCUGCUUUCCACGGUUGCGAUUUUAAUGUACCUGUAAACACCCGGGUCCCUGCAGGCAUUAAAGUCUGUGAACCAUUAAAUCAUACAGAUGUCGGUAUUCUUACCGCGUGUAGUGUAAUAGAAAUUCCUGAAAAUUCAACAAAAGAAAAUAGAAAUAUAGUAGUUCGUAUUCUGAAUACUUCUCCAAUACCGCAGACCAUUUAUAAAAACACGCCCAUUUUAAAUUUGGUGGAUGUGACUAGGCUGAAAGAAUGUUCCACCGCGGAUGCUCUCUGUGGAGCGGAUGGAACGGAUUAUGUUAGUGAAAAGUUUAGUGAAAUUCAUACAAGUUGUUAUGAAGGCCAUAUUGUGGAGAAUAUGGUUUCUCAUUUAAAAGGAGGGGAUAAGAACUGUGAAAGUGAAAGUGAAGAAGAAAUUGUGACGGAUGAAAGUGAGGAGAAUGUAGACAGAACUGAUAGAAUGUCGUCAGUCUUGGAAAAUGAAAAUACCGAAAGUAAUAGAAAUAUAGCAGAAACGGAUCCCUUGAAUAGAUCUUCGAAUAUUUCAAGAGAUGGUGUUGAUGAUGAUAACCAAAUAAUUGAUGAUCAUGAAAAUGAUUCUAUGAGGUCCUUGGAUGCAGAUCGAGAGGAAAAUGAUGAUGUAGCUCAAGUUUCUAUAAACAUACGAAACCCGGAGCCUUUAGAACAGCAAAUUCGACCUCAACGAAUAAGACAGUUACCAAAAAGGUUUGAAGAUUAUGUUUUAGACUCCUUGGAUUAG